AUGGAUAAAAAGAUAGUGCGCAAAGGGCCGCUGCCUGGGGGUCGCCGGGGCGCGUCUGGAGCUGGCGCUGGACGCGGCAGCAUGCGGGCCGCCAGCCGAGCGCGAGGAGCUGCACGGUCACCUACCAGCCCUCCGCAUCCAUCAUCCCCACCAGAAGGCUUGGUGUCGGCUGGGUCUUCUCGGACUCAGCAAGCGGCACCCGCCGCUGGUGGAGCACGUCGCAUGCGUUGGUCACAAGAAAUGAAUGCAAACGCACUGCGGGCGUACUUUAGGGCAAAAGGGGAAGAAACUGGAUGUUUGGCGUAUCGGGCUAGGAUGCAUCGACUUUUUGCUGAGCUGGAGCCAUCUUUAACCGUCACAGAGCAAAACCUGGCAGACCGAGUUCGGUAUAUCUUGCGCUCAAAUAUAUUUGAUGUCGCCGAACUCGAACGGCUACGACGUGAGGCUGUUCCCUCGUCGGAUGAGAAUGCUACGGCUGAGGAUGCGGCGCCACAAAUGGUAGAGCAACCCGCAAAUGUGGAUGCCGCCGUGAAUACCCCAGUUGUGGUUGAUUCAAACGAUGAUGGAACAGUCGCCCAGGAACUGGAAUUAGAGCAUAUGAGGAGUAUAUUGGAAGAGGCGAUUGUGGAAACGCGCAGUACGCCUCUCGAAAAUCGACCGCGACUUCCCCCGCAUAGCCCUAAGCAAGCGGAAUCGGGCUGUCGUGAGGGCUCUGAACCCAAUGCUGGUGACCUAUUUGGAAGCCAGCCGGGACCUUUGCGAGACGGACUCAAUUCUUUUUGGCGCCGCGCUGGCAGUCUGCCGUAUCAUAGGCGCCAAGGUUUCCACGGCUGGACGCGCUACUGGCCAUAG